ACGUUUUCCAAAAAAAAGUCCUCUUUUCAUAGUUUUUUUAUUCAAAUUAUACCUUUUAACGAUGGAGAGACCACAGAAAAUGCCAAAAGUGGCCAAGGUCAAAAACAAAGCCCCAGCGGAGAUCCAAAUCACCGCUGAACAAUUGCUGCGUGAAGCAAAGGAGCGAGAUUUGGAAAUCCUCCCGCCACCACCAAAACAAAAAAUCUCCGAUGAAGCCGAACUCGCCGAUUACCAACAACGCAAACGAAAAGCCUUCGAAGACAACUUACGAAAAAACCGGAUGAUUGUCAGCAACUGGAUCAAGUACGCACAAUGGGAGGAAUCCCAAAAGGAAAUGCAACGCGCCCGGUCAAUUUGGGAACGUGCCAUCGACAAUGAUCAUCGCAACAUCACCUUAUGGCUGAAAUAUGCCGAAAUGGAGAUGAAAAACCGUCAAGUUAACCAUGCUCGAAACUUGUGGGAUCGCGCCGUAACCAUUAUGCCUCGCACCAAUCAGUUCUGGUACAAAUACACGUACAUGGAGGAGAUGUUGGAGAAUAUUGCUGGCGCCCGGGAAGUUUUUGAACGUUGGAUGGAAUGGCAGCCGGACGAACAGGCAUGGCAGACUUAUAUAAAUUUCGAGUUGCGUUACAAGGAGAUUGAACGAGCGCGCGGCAUUUACGAGAGAUUCGUCAUGGUGCAUCCGGAUGUCAAAAAUUGGAUCAAAUAUGCGAAAUUUGAGGAGGCACAUGGUUACAUCAAUGGAGCUCGCAAAGUCUUUGAACGAGCAAUCGAGUUUUUCGGCGAAGAAAAUUUAAGUGAACGAUUGAUUCUGGCUUUUGCGAAAUUCGAAGAAGGUCAACGGGAACACGAACGAGCUCGAGUCAUCUACAAAUACGCUCUCGAUACUCUUCCCAAGGAUCGGACGGUGGAAAUUUACAAAGCUUACACGAUUCACGAGAAGAAAUACGGCGAUCGAUCAGAUAUCGAAGACGUAAUUGUGUCAAAGCGAAAAUUCCAAUAUGAACAAGAAAUUGCUGAAAAUCCCGGAAAUUAUGACGCUUGGUUCGAUUAUUUGCGUCUCUUGGAAAGCGAGGGAAAUGCCGAGUUAAUUCGCGAGACAUACGAAAGAGCGAUUGCCAAUGUGCCGCCGUCCAAGGACAAAAAUCUGUGGCGUCGAUACAUUUAUAUCUGGAUAAAUUACGCACUUUACGAGGAACUUCAAAUGGAAGAUCUCGAACGAACGCGACAAAUUUACAAAACUUGCCUAGAACUAAUCCCACACAAAAUUUUCACUUUUAGCAAGAUCUGGCUCUUGUAUGCUCAAUUCGAAGUUCGAUGCAAAAACCUUCAAACUGCCCGAAAAACACUCGGAAUGGCCAUUGGAAUGUGUGCGCGUGACAAAUUGUAUCGCGGUUACAUCGACCUAGAAAUUCAAUUGCGUGAAUUCGAUCGAUGUCGCAUCCUGUACGAAAAAUUCCUAGAAUUCGGUCCGGAAAAUUGCAUAACGUGGAUGAAAUUUGCCGAACUGGAAAGUCUCCUUGGUGACACAGACAGAUCCCGAGCGAUUUUCGAAUUGGCAAUUAGUCAGCCGAGAUUGGAUAUGCCCGAGUUACUGUGGAAGGCCUACAUUGACUUUGAGGUGUCGCAAGGCGAAUACGAGCUGGCACGACAGCUGUACGAACGACUUUUGGAGAAGACGAAUCACAUCAAGGUUUGGAUAUCGUUUGCGAAAUUCGAAUUAUCGGCCGAAAAUGAGGAUAAUAUGAAUGUCGAGCUGGCAAGAAGAGUUUACGAAAGAGCGAAUGAUAACUUAAAAUCGCAUCCGGAGAAGGAAGUGAGAGUUUUGUUGCUCGAGACAUGGCGAGAUUUCGAAAAAGAACACGGAGACGACGAAAGUCUCGAGAAAAUCCUGAAAAAGAUGCCGCGUCGCGUCAAAAAACGUCAGAAAAUUGUCUCCGAAGCUGGCACAGACGAGGGAUGGGAAGAAGUCUUUGACUACAUCUUCCCCGAAGACGAAAUGGCACGACCGAAUCUUAAGUUGCUCUCAGCUGCGAAGAAUUGGAAGAAAAAUUUCGAAGCUGCUGCUGCAACAAACAAAUCGGAAGACUAAUUUCAGGUUUAAAAAAAUAUUUUUUUAUUGUAGAUUUAAAAUUAAAUUAAAAAAAAGUUACAUUUUAAAUGUAUUUCUCUU